GGGCACGCGGCCAAGCGUCCCGCGCGCAGCGUCCGGGGCGCUCUCGGCGAGGCGGGGGCGCGCGGGGUGGCAUGGAGGCCACUGAGAAGCAGCACCUGCUGGACGGCAGGCGCGGAGCGGGGUCAUACACAGGAUCUCUGUGGCAGGACAAGGCCGGCUGGUUCCCUCAGCCCCAGUCUGGCCUGGACUUCCAGGCUGUUGAGCUGACUGCCCAGAGCAACCAUUACUGCCAUGCCCAGAAGGAUCCAAGCAGUCAGUAUGACCCCAAGAAGGAGCGGGCCCGUCACCAGCUCUAUGUGGCCUCUGCCGUCUGCCUGGUGUUCAUGAUCGGGGAAGUCAUUGGUGGGUACCUGGCACACAGCCUGGCCAUCAUGACUGAUGCAGCCCACCUGCUCACUGACUUUGCCAGCAUGUUAAUCAGCCUCUUCUCCCUCUGGAUGUCCUCCCGACCUGCCACCAAGACCCUGAACUUUGGCUGGCAGCGAGCUGAGAUCCUGGGAGCCCUGCUCUCUGUGCUGUCCAUCUGGGUUGUGACUGGGGUGCUGGUGUACCUGGCUGCGGAGCGACUCAUCUCUGGGGACUAUGAGAUCGAAGGAGGCACCAUGCUCAUCACGUCGGGCUCUGCCGUGGCUGUGAACGUCAUAAUGGGGUUGAUCCUUUACCAGUCUGGCCACGGGCACAGCCAUGGAAAUGGGCACAGCCAUGACGGAACCAGCCAGCAGCAGGAGAACCCCAGUGUCCGAGCUGCCUUCAUUCAUGUGAUUGGGGACUUUCUACAGAGCUUGGGUGUCCUGGUGGCAGCCUAUAUUUUGUACUUCAAGCCCGAGUACAAGUAUGUGGACCCUAUCUGCACCUUCAUCUUCUCCAUCCUGGUCCUGGGGACAACCUUGACGAUCCUCAGAGAUGUGACCCUGGUACUGAUGGAAGGGACUCCCAAGGGCGUGAACUUCACGGCGGUGCAGGAGCUGCUGCUGUCGGUGGAGGGCGUGGAAGCCCUGCACAGCCUGCACAUCUGGGCGUUGACCAUGGCCCAUCCCGUGCUGUCUGUCCACAUCGCCAUUGCUCAGAAUGCGGACGCCCAGGCUGUGCUGAAGGUGGCCAGCACCCGCCUCCAGGGGACAUUCCACUUCCACACGAUGACCAUCCAGAUCGAGAACUACUCCGAGGACAUGAAGGACUGUCAGGCAUGCCAAGGCCCCUCCGACUAGCAGCCUGGCCAGGCACCGACUGAGGCUCCACCAGGACCUGCAGGUGGCCAGACCGAGUGUCCCGCAGACCCAGCCAGGACUCUGCCUAGCCCGUGCCUCUCUCUGUCCCAGGGUUAGUGCAGAGCUUUGUCCCCUGCAGGAGUGGGAGCUCCUCCUGGCCUCCCCCAUCUGCCCACAGCCAGCUCCGGGGUGGAGACUGGGCCGGUGUCCGGCCAGUGGGUCCCCUCUCCUCCACCUCUAGGUCAGCUCCCCACAGGGCUGUGUUUGGGUCUGAUCCCCAGCUGGUGCCAGCCUGACACCCACAGCAAGAAAGUCAUUGAGGCACAGCCUGGGCCAACAAAGAGGAGAGUGGCUUAAGAGUUCCCUGACUGGCCCGCAUUUCCCACCUGCAUCCUGACUGGAAUGGAACCCUUCCUUCUGCCAGUAAGGCUUGAAGAAGCCAUGGGGUCAGGAGUUAUGAGGACCCCUGGACUCACACGAGUUCCCUGAGAUGUGGAGGCGGGGCACCUGAGGUCUGCCUGUGCCUUAGUCACCUUGGCUUGGGGUCAGAUGCUUCCCUUUCCUGGAGGGGGACGCUUCCUACUGGGUAACCCGGCUGUUUUCCUCCUUCCUUGUCCCUCCUCAGCCAGGAAGCUGGGCCAACAUACAGAUACGCUUGACACAGUUUGGGGGGACAGGUUGCAGCUGGGGUCUGGCCCAAACAACUUUACAGCCCCGGGGCCACUUCUGGCACCCUGAUAGUGUUCCGGGGGAUCCCGGAGCCUGGAAUCACACAUGGUUGACCUGGCUCUAUUGCCUGCGUCAGAAUCAGGGGACGGAGGACAAAGCCCAGGGCCUAAGGAGGAGGGGCCGUCCUGGCUUCUGGGAUUCAGUGUGAGAACACUCCUGACUUAGGGGCUGGCUUGUGUUUACAAGGAGCAAGAGCGGAGACCUGGCCCAUCUCACGGAGGCAACAUGCCCAGUUGGCAGGGAGCCCUGUGCCUAAUGUCUGUCUCCCUAAUGUCCACUCCUGCUGUCAUGGGCAAGUGUCCUUAGGCCAGCUGGCCUCCCCACUCUUACCUGAAGACAGAGUGGGACACCUACCUCACAGGGCUGUUGUGAGGACAGAGCCAAAGAUUUGGUCACCUGGCCAAGCA